UCUCAGCGGGUCGGCUCCGAAGAAGGCGAGCAUGGCGGCUACCUGCGCGAAGACGGGUCUUCGGCUCACCUCUGCUUCUGCUAAAACGCUCUUGACCCGUUCGUCGUCGUCAUCUCCUUCUUCGUCUAGUUUGUCCUCAGCGACGAGUAAGCUCAGAGGUCUUUCUUCUGCAGCGCCAGUCUCCUCCUCCUCGCGUUUCUUCACUGCCCGACGAGUCGGCCUCUCGAGGCUUCCUGUGGAGUUGGGAGGUGCAUUGUCGAUGAUGCCGUUACACAGUGUUACGGCGUCUGCUUUGUUCACCUCGUUGCUGUGUUUGAGCCGUCACAGUUGGGGUUGUCUAUCUGAAGGUUUUACCACACCUCUAUAACAUGGCAGCGUAUUUUUCUUCUUCCGAGUUUCAUCAGGUUCAUGGGGGGCAUUAAGACUGUCGAUUUUGCUUAAAGAUGUUUACUCCUGUCAUUAGUAUCCAGCCUUUUCAGAUUGCAACAGUAAUAACCACAUACUUACCCCGUCAUUACACUUGUUUUGAGCUCUUCUAGGGGAUAACUUAAGAGAAGGGAAAAAGAGCAUGCCAAAAUUAUUUUGCUCGGAGGGUUCGGUUUUUCCAGUAUUAUUUGAUGCUUCCAGAA